UUGUUCGCUAGCUGGCGCACGUUCACGCAUCGACACGAGUCAGCGCGGGCUCCCAAAAAACAGGUCGAGAAAACUCGUUGCGCAAAGGGGUUUGAACCGUGGUGCUGAAGCGGAAGCCCGUCACACCUGCUGAGCCUCAGGAACAGCAUCACGUCUUUUCUUCUUGGCUGGCAUCCGCGAAUCCUCCUCUGACCCUGGCUUCCACAAGCGCCUUUGACUUCACGAACCCCGCCCCCCCGGAUACGACAAGAACGCCUUUUCCUUAUAAUUUGCCUUCCUCUUUUCAAGAUGUCGGACAAGUCGAAAUGCUCCGGCGAAGCAGGGGAGAAACUCUGCUCCGUCAUCAAAAGCCACAAGGUUGUGGUAUUCACUAAAGAGCACGAUCCUCUGAGUUUCGAGGUGGUUGAGACGCUCAAGCAAAUUAAUCCGAAAGACCUACACAUCGUUAAUCUUGACAAAUGCGGGUGCACGCAAGCUGAGGGCCUUCUUAAGGAAAAAACGGGUGAUCGGCCGGGACCGCGUGUUUUCAUCGACGGGAAGUUCGUCGACGACUUGGAAACGUCUCUGAAAGAUAUGGAUCUUCGAGAAGUCCUAGAGAAGAAGUGCAAGGAUGCAGGUGCUUUAUAAGCAGGUCUAUCUGCUUCAACGGCUCUAUUCGAGCGGGGCCCUGUCUAUAUGGUGUGCGUAUCUUCAUACCAUGUACAACGACCCUGAUAUCGAUGUGAAUAUAUAUAUAUAUAUAUAUCUGCAUAUAAUUGUAUUUAUUCCAAACCGCGCAGAUGAUGGAAGCCUUCUGGUGUGGUAACGCGUAUUUCUGUGUUGGUCGUCUAUGAUGCCAUUGCAUUCGGGCACUGUGCCCAUCCCUAAUCAAUACUAGCAUAUAAGAUACUACCUGGACUUAUACUAUGUAUAAUGUAGACACGGAACCUGGUACAUCUGGGGCCCUGCGCAGGAAAGGGGAUAUAUUGUCUGGUGUCAUGAGGCGCCUGUCUGUGCUUGUCCGUCGUGAUGUUCUUACACCCGGGCAUUGCGGCCGUACUCACUAUUCACCGACUACAUAUUGUACUUGCUGAAUCUGUACUAUUAUUUGUUAUAUACUACCUGAGCUUAUAAGAAGUACAUCUCGGGAACUGUGCAAGGCAGAAGGAAUAAAGUUUGGUGUGGUAUGUUAUUCUUCUGUGUUCAUCUGAUAUCUUGUUUCGGCAUUCGAGCAUUUUGAUCGUUACACCUGUUUUCUUUGCCCCGAUUGUAUUCGGGCAAGCGUGUGUCGACGAUUGGACCAUCCAGAGGUGAUCUGUGAUAACGUUUUAAGCUAAGAAAAAGCGGACAUUCGGCCAGUAUCGUGAGCUGGUGUUAGCGCUUGGCCAAACACCAGCGUGUGCGUGACUCCCGUGGCAAAUAGCAUCACCGCCAGUGAACCGCUUGCCCUUUUCGGCGACGCAGAAGAGGUGACGCAUCCGUGGAAGCGACAGAGCAUCAUAAAGCACCUGCGUCGCC